AUGAAUUCGUGUAUGCCGACCCGCCUUUUUCUCUUGUUGGUCGCGGGGCAGCUGUUGAUUCUCAGCUGCGUGGCGGAAGUGAAUGAGGCAACAGGAGAUGGGCCUCAGCAACGUGUAGAAGCUGACUCGGCUGGUACUGCAGCGCUUUCCGUUGUGGCGAAACCUGAACAAGAAGAAAUCACUCGGUCUUCAUCGCCAGAGAUAGUGAAUAAGCCGGAGAACCAGCGAAUGUCUGCCGCACCGGAAAGCUACAAGAAUGGCCCGGAACUUAAUUCGCUGUGUGGUGCAUCGCCUCCUUCAAGGGAGCAGCAAGAAUCUGAGAAGGGGACGCAAGCAAAAAUGCUGCAAGCUAGCACCGAUCUUCCUGAGAAGCCUCGUCGUCACAAGGAACGCUCGGAUGCGACAUUUUUGAGCUAUAACAACCUCUACAAACAGCAGCCCGCGCCGUGGGCUUCCCCCUAUCAGGCAUCUCUCGCAGCCUUGCAAUACGCUGUUGCUAGCAUGCUACAGCCGAUUCCACUUUUCUAUUUCCCGUUAGUCCAGCAGGGAGGCAUGACUCCGAGAGAAGGGGAAAUCUCCGGAUCAAGACCAUCUGUUUCUGGCCGUCGCAAGAGGGAAGGAGCCGCACGGUCUGAGAACGGAGAAGCUGAGUCUGAGCGACACAAAAGCCCCCGAAGGAACGAUGGCUUAUAUGAGGCACCUCUCACCCCGCCACAGAAAGACACGCACUCCUCAGGAUCACCGCGAACCACGGUGACGUCAUCCCAGGUUUCCUAUCGAGGAGACCGAGAUAGUGCACCCUCCUCUCACGCAUCAAAAAGAAGAGAUCACAGUUCAUCGUCAAAAUACUCUUCAUAUCCUUCCUCUGAAAGGGAUGGUUACGACCCUCUAGGCGAUGACGCUGCCACCCUCUUACCGUACUACGCCAGAGGCGCCUUCCCACUCCCCCUCUAUUUUCCGCGUCCCGUCUUCUCACAGCUCCUCGACGAGACGUCAGAUGAGACAGCGACAAAAUAUUUUUAUGACGAUGACUUUCAUUACAGCGCACGAGACCUUCAGGGUCAGCGGGAACUUCAGUACUUUCCAACAAUUCAUACAGGAGAUCACAAUGGGUUCCAUGAGCGCCCCUCCAGGCAUGAGUACGAGCACCGGCGAUAUGGAAGUCAUUACAACCACGGAAUGGAUCGGUUUUUCUAUUGA